GGCAGGGACAGCCUCUGAGAAGUCUCUGGUGACCCCGUCUGUUGCCCUGGUGUUACCUAGUGUGGUGGGGUCAGUGACAGCUGUUGCUUUCCACGUGUUGCUGUCAGAAAUAACCCUUCCACUCACUCACCACGAGCCUGUCGGGUGGAGACUUCAGCAAUGAGGAAAUGCCGCAGACUGUUCCAAUCAGGACGGGGCCGUGCCUGCAGUCUCCAGGGGGCACCCACUUGCUUAGCCAAACCCCAGACUUUUAAUUUAAAAGCAGAAGUGAAAGGAAGACGAGGUUCCUGAAAGGGUUAUUCUGACUUGGACUGGCUAUAAAAAUGCGAUUGGCUGUUAUUCUGCGUGGCCAAAGUGCACCCAGAAUGUCUUCUCUCUCCAUCCAGUGCGUUUGUUACUUUGGCUAGAAGGAGGCAAGCAGCACUCUGCUCUUCCAGAGCAAAGAUGGAGCAGCAGGAUCAGUUCAAGAAGGAAGGGAGGCUGACACUUGUGCUUGCCCUGGCAACCCUGAUAGCUGCCUUUGGGUCGUCCUUCCAGUAUGGGUACAACGUGGCCGCUGUCAACUCCCCAGCAGAGUACAUGAAACAGUUUUACAAUGACACCUACUAUGACAGAACCGGUGGAUACAUGGAAAGCUACUCCUUGACGUUGCUGUGGUCUGUAACUGUGUCCAUGUUUCCCUUUGGAGGCUUCGUCGGAUCCCUCCUGGUUGGCCCCCUGGUGAAUAAACUUGGCAGAAAAGGGACCUUACUGUUCAACAACAUAUUUUCCAUCGUGCCUGCCAUCUUAAUGGGAUGCAGCAAAGUCGCGAAGUCAUUUGAGCUUAUAAUUGUUUCCAGACUUCUGGUGGGAAUAUGUGCAGGUUUGUCUUCCAAUGUUGUCCCCAUGUACCUGGGAGAGCUGGCCCCUAAAAACCUGCGGGGGGCUCUCGGGGUGGUGCCGCAGCUCUUCAUCACCGUCGGCAUCCUCGUGGCCCAGAUCUUUGGUCUCCGGAAUCUCCUUGCAAGUGAAGAAGGCUGGCCCAUCCUCCUGGGGCUGACCGGGGUGCCCGCGGCGCUGCAGGUGCUCCUGCUGCCCUUCUUCCCCGAGAGCCCCAGGUACCUGCUGAUCCAGAAGAAAGACGAAGAGGGUGCCAAAAAUGCUCUGAAGAGGCUGCGCGGCUGGGACGCCGUGGACUGGGAGGUGGAGGAGAUCCGGCAGGAGGACGAGGCGGAGAAGGCCGCGGGCUUCAUCUCGGUGGUGAAGCUGUUCCAGAUGCGGUCCCUGCGCUGGCAGCUGCUGUCCAUCAUCGCCCUCAUGGCCGGCCAGCAGCUGUCCGGGGUGAACGCGAUCUACUACUACGCAGACCAGAUCUACGUGAGCGCCGGCGUGGAGGAGAAUCAGGUCCAAUACGUGACGGCCGGCACCGGGGCUGUCAACGUGGUGAUGACCUUCUGCGCUGUGUUCGUGGUGGAGCUGCUGGGCCGGAGGCUGCUGCUGCUCCUGGGCUUCUCCGUGUGCUUCCUGGCCUGCUGCGUGCUCACGGUGGCGCUGUCGCUGCAGGACACGAUAUCCUGGAUGCCUUACAUCAGCAUCGUCUGCGUCAUUGUCUACGUCGUAGGACAUGCCCUCGGGCCCAGCCCGAUCCCCGCGCUGCUCAUCACCGAGAUCUUCCUGCAGUCCUCCCGGCCGUCCGCCUUCAUGGUGGGCGGCAGCGUCCACUGGCUCUCCAACUUCGUGGUGGGCCUGGUCUUCCCGUUCAUCCAGGAGGGGCUGGGCUCGUACAGCUUCAUCAUCUUCGCGGUGAUCUGCCUCCUCACCACCAUCUACAUCUUCAUGAUCGUCCCCGAGACCAAGGGCAAGUCCUUCAUAGAGAUCAACCAGAUUUUCGUCAAGAUGAACAAGGUGUCAGACGUCCACCCUGAAAAGGAGGAACUGAAGAACCUUCCGCCCGUGAGCUCGGAGCAGUAACUCGGGGGAGAAGCGGCCCGUGUAGCGGGCCUGCGUGGGGCUUCCCUCUUCCGCCUUUUCUUCUGACUUCUAGUUGUCUGCGAAAGUCCAGAAAUGAGCCGAGCCUGGCAUGGACCGCAGGCCUCAGCCCCGGCCGCCGCCCCGCUGGGACUGCCCGGGGCGUCCGUGGUGUUCUGGAAGCCGGGCCCUCUCGCUCCACACUGGCCUGUCGCCCACCUGGAGUCAGGCCGACAGCUCUUGCGCCGCCUGGCUGGGUUAGCCGUCAUGUGGGUCCCGAUAACACAGCUUUUAUAACAGAAAUAGGAUUGAAUUUUGCCAGAGUAACUCUUCUCUGUGGCCCCCAUGGGCCUCCUGGGGCCACAGGCAUUUGUUUAGAGCCAAAUUCAUCCUCUUAUCACAUCUUUCUCCGGAAACACCUGUUUUGGAAAGUGGGAGGUCGGAAAUAAUGAUGUCUAGAAAUCUGGGGAGCAGGUCCCUGUGGAGAUAUUAACUGAGUCAGAAUUAUUCUAAAUUAUGUUGUCAGUGGGAAAUGGAAUUGCUUCUGUACAGCCAAUAAAGGAAAUCUGAUCCCUUUUCA